AUGCAGGUGUUUGGCACGCUGAAGGACGACAUCCUAGCAUACGAAUUCCAGUACCCCACCAGAGUGGGUGGCAGGCAGCUGCCCAUCAUCCCAUCUAGGAAGCCUGAGCGGUACUCCUCUGCUGCACCGCUGUCAGCCGAUGCUCGGCAGCGCAUUGUGUCAGAGCUCGUCAGCUUCACAGACAGAGUCACCAUCAGCGUGACGGUCGGCCCUGCCUCUGGCAAGCUUGCAACAACGCCCCUCCAGGAGUGGACGGCCAGGGAGGUUGCCAACGCAGUGUUGCAAGACAGGUCCACUGCAAGGGUGACCACCGGGCAGAGAGUGGCACUGAACACCAUUGAGGAGGCGGGUCAGGAGACCAGGGAUGGCCACCCCUACUGGACAUAUGAGCACACCUCACAGGGCUCGCCGAGCCUGGCCAACAGGAGUAAGGAGACGUACCGGCACAGCUGGUCUGUCACCAGCUACAGGCCAGGCAUGGAUGGCGCACCUUACCUCUACACGCUCACGCUCUCAUGCCCAGAUGAGGAGUGGCCGCAACUGGGACCUCUCUACGCCCAAGCACAAGAGUCGUUCCGCCUAGUCGACACUACACAGGAAUAUGUGCCACCCGACAAAGAUCCGUGGCGCUUCUUCUAG